UACUUCUCUUUCUUACUCACCCUAUUUCAUACCAAAACCCAAAAUUUCUCCUAUUCAUAAUCCCAAUUCUCCCUCUUCACCAAUCAUAAACGAAAGCCCUAAUCCCCAAUUAUCUUUCACUCUCUUUCUCUCUCGGCGAUUCAUCUCUCUUGAAUCCAAUCCAUGGCACCUAUGGGUCCCGGCUUCCGAUUCCACCCCACCGACGAAGAGCUGGUGGUGUUCUACCUGAAGCGCAAGAUCACCGGAAACCUGUCCCGGUACGACCACAUCGCAGUGGUUGAUGUCUACAAGCUCGAGCCCUGGGACCUUCCCCCUCUGUCGAAGCUCAAGACCAAGGACUUGGAAUGGUACUUCUUUAGCGUGCUGGACCGCAAGUAUGGAAAUGGCUCCAGGACCAACCGCGCCACCGAGAAGGGCUACUGGAAGACCACGGGAAAGGACCGCCCUGUGGCCCAUGGCGACCGCACCGUGGGGAUGAAGAAGACCCUCGUGUACCACAUCGGUCGAGCCCCACAUGGCCGUCGCACCAAUUGGGUCAUGCACGAGUACAAGAUGCUCGAUGAAGAAUUGACUCGUGCUGGCACAGUGCUGGAUGUGUAUGUGGUAUGUAGGAUUUUCGAGAAGAGUGGUGCUGGACCAAAGAAUGGGGCCAAGUAUGGUGCUCCCUUGGACGAGAAGGAGUGGGAUGUGGAUGAGGAGAAUGAGCAGAAGGAGGUGGUUGCCUUGCCUGCGACUGCUCAUCGUGUGGUGGUUCCCUUGACGGAGAUUCGUCCUAACGUGGUUGCUCCUCCUUUGCCCGCGACAGCUGCCGUGGCUCCUCCUGUGGUAGCAACUGGUGGUGACUUUUGCGAUGGUAUUGGGGUGGCUCUUCCUUCGGUAGCAACUGGUGCUGAUUUUUGGGAUGAUAUUGGGGCCUUUUUGGAAACUAACGACCUUGACGGGGAACUUGAUUUGAGUGAUAUGAUUGGGGGUGUUACUUUUCCAUCACUAAACUUUCAUCACGGGGAGUGUAGUACCUACGCUGAAAAUUCCCAAGAACUCAUCAAGGAUCAGGAGCCAUUGGCGGACACCUUUGGAAUUUCUGGGCCUGAAAAUGGCCAGACUCUUGAUAUGGCUGAGCAACAUGAUAUGGGCACAGGUUCAGUGAAAGAUGAAGACAUGGGUGAGCAGAGCGAAAUUGUGAAUCUUCUCAAUUUCAAUGAUGCAUCGGAUAAUAUGGAUCUGGAUCUAUAUUUUGAUGCCGCCCAGAAUCUUCCAACGGCUGAUGAUGAAUCAUUCUUGGAAACCAAUGAUCUUGCAAUUGGGAAUGAGGAUGAUCUCAUUGAGGCUGAUCCUUCUGCGAAUGAUAUUAUGCUAGACAAGUAUCUUCCACUCCCUGAUGAUGAUGAUGGUGAUAUUUGGAAAUAUAUAUCUUUCGAUUAUUCUCAGGUUGCAGAGAGUGAAAACUCUAAUUCCAACCAAGGAUCACCUUUAACCCAGCAGACUGUAGGGGGAGAAACAGCAAAUAAAGCUGUGGUUGGUAAGCAUGAUUCUGAAGCACAAACUAGCAAUGAGGCUUUUUUGGUGCAGAAUACAGAGGAGGCAAAGUUAGCAGCACCAGGAAAUACAAAUCCAUUUGUUAAGCAGGCCUAUGGAUGGUUAGCUAACAUCCCUGCUUCACCUGCACAUGCUUUUGAGUUUCCAGCAAAGGACAUUACUCUUGGGAUUGAUGGUGCAGCUCAGUCUUCCCAUCCAGCUCAUAUAACUACAGGUAUGAUCAGCAUAACAGACAUUACUUUUAGAGGCAAUGCGAUGGAUUGGCCUAUGGGCAAAAUUGGAGGAUUUAACACUGCAAUGUCUACUGAGUUUUCUCAACCGGACGUUAAUUGUGCUGCCUUGAUACCUGUUUCUGGCAAGACCGCAUUUGUAUUGUCACAUGGCUGGAUAUUUUUGACGGGUUUCUCAGUUCUUAUUCUUUCACUUAGUUUCAAGAUUGGAAGCAUCAUGUAUACUGGUAAGUAACUACAAAAAAGGUUGGACACUCCAGAAUAAGCUGCAGUCAUCAAGUAUGAUGUAGUGUUUUAUGGUACUCACUGAAUGACUAGGAUCUCGUGACUUUGUAGAUUUGUUUAUGGUACCUUAUAGUCGAACUGAUCUAUGCAUUCUUCGUGGUAACUUAUUCUCAGAGUUCCAUCAGAUAGAGUAAUACCGUCUUCAUUCAUACGAUUCCUUAGAUAUAUUAUUGUUACAUACUUUUUCCAUAGUGUAAUAGAUGCAAAGUUUUCUGACUGGUAGAGGCGGUCCAUUAUUUAGUUAGAUGAACAUGUAAUUUCAUUCACGUAUUGUAUAGUCCGGAGUGGAUCCUCUAGUUACAGUUUAUGUUCAACCUGUAUUUAUACAUCUCUUUUCUGUUAGACAUUAAA